GAAGACGAUGAUGACGGUGACGGCGAUGAUGCAAAUGGAAAAAGUAGCAAGGCGAAGAGUAGCGGGGAGGAAGGAGGUAGUGAACAGAAGAGCGAGAAGGAAGAGAACGAUGAUGACAGUGCUAAAGAUGGGAAAAGCAGCAAAGAAAAGAGCAGCAAGCAGGAAGAAGGCAGCCAGAAGAAAAAUGAGAAGGAAGGCGAUGAUGGUGAUAGUGAUGCUAAUGGAAAUGGCAGCACAGAGAAGAGCCAAAAUGAGGCAAUCGAUGGCAAAGAGAAGACACGAGAGGAUGCGGAAGAAGAAGAGGAAGAAACGAGCAGCGAUGGCCCUCAUGGGAAUGGCUCCCACCAGAGCAAAUCCGAUACACCGAGUGGGGCCCUGACACUCCGGUUUUUGCACCGAGAAGGAAAGGCCCAUCCAGUGGGAGGCGUGUCCAGCUGGCUGGUUGCAGGAUUCGCUAAAGGGGGAGAGAAAGGAGAAGAUAUUCUCACAGCGCCAGGGGGAGAUACGCCGGAAGAGAAGGAAGCAGAAGCGAAGAAGGAGAAGGAGAACCUAGAGAAAGAGAUGAAGGCUGACAAAGAGAAGCACCAGAAGGAUAUCGAAAAAAAGGCCCUCGCAUCCACACACGAGAGUCCGAGUAUAUCUGUCCCUGGAACCCACCCAGCAGCCGCCACAGCAUCUGCAGUUUCAAGCGGAACGGCGGCAGCGACGGCCGCCACAGCGGCAGCCGCUGCUGCUGAAGCAGCGGCUGGAACGGCCAAAGCACAAAUGGUGUUGUCAGCACCGACAGCGAAGGAGAUCGAGGCAGAUAGGCUGCCUCCUGAAGUGCUGCAGAAACUGCACCAGACAGCAGCACCACGAAGUCCUGACGAAGAGCACCGGAUGUUGCAGGUCCUCCAUCAAGCCCACGCCGCUGCGCUCAAACUCAGAUCACAAGGCAUAGAGCCCACGUCGGAGAACCUCGAGAAGGCAGGCGUCUCGGUCGAAACGCAGAUGGAGAUUGCCAAAGCCAUUCACCUCAAAGAGCAGCAGCCACCAGGGCAGCAGCAGCUGCAGCAACAAUAUCAGCAGCAGCAGAUCCCACCUCCCGGAGGGCUGCUACUUCCCCCGCAGCAGCUAGUAGGUUUGCCAGGCCCCCUUCAACUACCAGGGCAGAUAACGCCGCCACAGCAACGAACACUGCCACAGCAAGUGCCAGGUCACACACCAGUGCUGGGGGUGCCGCCGCCACAGCAGCAACAUCAGCAGCAGCAGCCAUUGGUGAGUAUGGGGCCUCUCGAGGAGCAGACUGGGCUGCUUGCGGGGUCUACGCAUUCGCACCUUCUGGGGGGCCCUCCACCCGUUGGUCUCGCAGGGCCUCGGGAACUCCCAAUGAUUUUACCUCAGGGAGAAGCAGCGGACCCUCUCUAUCAGCGGCUUCUGCAGAAUACGCAGCUCAUGGAAGAGGCCAAGCGGGAGAAGAUCUGGAAGGACAUCAAGAGCGUGCGUGCAGUAGCGCAGCAGCUGAUUGCUAGAGGCCUUGAGCCCUCGGAAAAGAACCUGCGGAUGGCGGGUGUCAGCACAAACAAGCAGCGGCGACUUGCGUGGUUCUUGGGGAUCCCCUUUAAAAGUGAAAAAGAAAUACAAAAAGAAGAGGCAGCCCUUAAAGCAAAGCAAAGGGUCAUAUUCUGGAGCGUAACGUCAUGUGUACUGCUAGCCUUGGUGGCAGCGUUCUAUUGGUUUAGGGGAAAAGUAACGAGGAGCCUCAGGAGGAUGCGGCACCUCUAUAAAGAAGCGUAUCUGCACAGACUGCAGAAGAAAGCAGAACGCUUAAGGGGACACAAGCAGCAGCAGCAACAACAGCAACAACAACAGCAGCAACAACAGCAACAACAACAGCAACCACAACAGCACCAACAGCAGCAAUUGCAGUAA